CCAUUUAUUUCUUUCUAGUGGUCGACUUCAACGUAGUGACACUGUUUUAUAUUUCGCGAGAGCUACGACGUUUUUAGUGUAAAAAUUUCAUGAUAAGUUCCAAAGAUAUAUUUUAGUGCCAUCGAACGUUAUCAGUGGAUGUAGUAAAUAAGAAUCUAUGUGCGUGAUGUGUAGAAUGUGACGUGUAACUGUGUAAGAACCCAAGUAUGUCUGGCGUAUUCACAUCUGUUAUCAUCACGAAAUAACUUGAAUUAUGCAAGUUGGAUUGAGAUAUGGACGAAAAUUAGGUAAAUUCAAUGUAAAAAGUUGGUGCACAUGAAUGAAAUGUUUUGAAUGAAUACAUUGUCGAAUAUUAGCCAUAUUCGACAACCUGUAAAGUCAAUGAGACUAUGAGUGUUGUCAAAUAAUGCAGUGGCUGCACAAAAUAUUGACGCUGGCAGUAAUUUGCACAGCAGUGAUUCGUGCAGAAGAAUGUCCAUCUACUUGCGUUUGCACGAAGACAAGUUUAAGAUGCUCCAACACCCCAGUUCCCGGUGACAAGCUCACAAAAUCAACCCUCAACAAGUAUGGAGUUGAGCUGGAAGAAAUCAUUUGGGUAGACUCCAAUAUUACUACCAUAGAAAAUGCAUUUGACGGGCUAAACAAAAUUAAAUACAUCGACCUGAGCAGAAACGAAAUACUAAGGACUGAGCAUGGGCUGUUUGCGAGACUGACUGAUUUAAAAUUUAUAAAUAUCUCGAGAAAUAAAAUCGAAGAUUUACCUAGGUUUACAUUCGCAGAUUUGGUAAACGUGGAAUAUCUAGAUAUUUCAUACAACAAUCUGCAAGCGAUACCAUUCCAGGUCUUCGGACAGAUGACGAGUUUGCAGCAUUUGGAUAUAUCAUACAAUAAACUAGCGACAUUCUUAGAUUACUAUUUUCAACCAAAUCGCCAACUGAAAAAACUGUUCCUAAAUAAUAAUAGCCUAGUCAAAAUUACAUCUAAUGCUCUAGUCAACUUGAAGGAAUUGGAAGUUUUGGAUAUAUCUAGCAACAAACUAGACAAUAUACCUAAAUCUAUAUUUGAUAACCUAGAAGAGUUAAGAGAACUUAAUUUAAGUUACAAUAAUUUUCUGAACAUAUCACAAGAUGCUCUUAAAAAUCUCAGUAAAUUAAAAUGGCUGAAUAUGGGUGGGAAUAGACUGAAAGUUAUGCCCUCGCUGCUCUUCCAAUAUAACGAAUAUUUAGAAACUAUCUACCUCGAUCACACAGACAUAGCAGUAAUACAAAAUACUAACUUUAAAGGCUUAAAGAAUUUGAAGCAACUCUUUAUUAGAAGUAACGAGUGGUUAAAAGAAAUAGAGCCAUUUGUUUUUCAAGACGUUCCGACCAUAACUCAUUUAGAUAUAAGCUCGAAUGCGCUUACGUUUCUGCCGCUAUCACUGAAUAUGCUAACUCAAUUAGAGGAGCUACGAAUACACGGAAAUCCUUGGGCUUGCGAUUGCAGAAUGGCGUGGUUCGGAAACUGGAUCGAGAAAAGGAAAGAUAUAGUGAAAACUGAUCUGAGCUGCAGACUGGCCUACCCGAAUGACAUGCUAGCAAUUUUAAACAAUACAAACUGCAAACCACCUAAUCUCGUAUACAGCAGUCCAUUAUCAUUACACCGACUUCAAACGGAUGCUCUCUUGCAAUGCAAAUUCGAAGGUAACCCAGCACCUUCUAUCACUUGGGUAACGCCUACGCGCGAUGUCUAUCAUUGGAACCCCAACGAGCCCGAGCCUGACAUAUUCCACAAGCACGGCAUCGCCCACGACCAGUAUUACCGUGCCAUCGAUUACGCCAAUUCGAGGGUGAAAAUUCGCGACGAUGGUUCUUUAAUAGUAACCGAUAUCCACAGGGAAGACUGUGGGACGUACAUAUGUUUUGCAUCGAAUCCUACUGCUAACGCUACCGUGGAGGUAGUCCUCAACAUAGAUCCCAUGACCAUGUUUGAAAUUAAGAUGUACAGUUUGCUGUUUGGUGCUCUUUGUGCGAUUGGUUUUCUUGGUCUAACAUUAGCAGUGCAAGCAUUGCGGUACAUAUUUUACAGGUUUCGACUUUUGGAAACUUGUUGUAGUUGUUGUACAUGCGUCAAUCGCGAUGCGCCCCGAACGCGUCAAAUAUACAGUAUGUUAGAUAACAUCGAACAAUACAAACGACAGCAAUUAGAGAAAUUACGAGAAAACUAUGCAGUUCAAGUUCAUCGAAUAAAAGAGAAUUGCACGCAGCAAAUGGAGUGGAUACAAAGCAGCUACUCAUCACAAGCGACUCACUUGCGCAACAUAAGAGAUAUAGGAACGAAUCAUUUGACCGCCAUGAAAGAUCAGUAUUAUGACCAGGUGAAACGCGUCCGCGAUUACUCCACGUGCCAGCUAAAUUGGGUUCGGGAAAAUUACGUUUUCCAACGAAACAAGAUCAGAAAAUUCAGUGCACAUCAAAUACUGCGACUUCGGGAAUCGUACAAGUACCAGCAGCAGACUCUGAACAAGGUGUUAGAAAACUUGCCGAGCUUCUACUUCGAGAACUGUCGCAGCGGAUCCUGCGGAAGGAGCGACUCCAUGGCUUUCGACCCCGACGUGGAGGUCAUCGACAUGUACCUGAAAACUAAAAUCGAAAAGCUGGCCAAACUGCCGAGCCCUAUAUUAGACGACGAGAGCAGGGUGUCCGUUUACUACACGCCGACGGAGAGAUCUAUCGACUCUCGUAAAAACUCCAUGUCGAUACCGGAGGGGAUCCACAUCAACAUGAUAGAGAGGGCGCCGCCCGCGCCACCCCGCCUGCUCGCUAUGAUCAAGCCUCUCCCGGCGCCCCCGCCAACCGAGUCCACCUCCGGCAUCCAGACCCCCUCUAGAAGCUCCGCGCACACCUCGAAACAGAAGUACCCGGACGACGCCAAGCCCUCCAGUGAGCCGCUGCUGGGUCACCACGACGUAUUCAGAGAGGCCAGGAAGCGAAAGACCAUGGCUGCGAGUUUGAGUUCACCGGAACUCGGCGUGCUGGAGAAGGAGCCCGGGAAGGAGCAGUCGCGGGUGCUGCUGGCGGUGGAGUUCACCAAGCCGGAGUGUCAGGUGCGGCACGCGGCCGGCCAGCUGGUGUGCGGGGAGUGUGCGAAACUGUGCGAGAACACGCCCUUGUAGUAUAGGCUUCUCACGCGUGUGUUUAAAAUCUACGCGUUGAAGUCCCAAUCAGGUCAGUGUUCUCAAGACAUACAACUCUGUGAUUAUAGCAAAUCGCCAUCUUAUGUAUGACUUAUCUUGCCCGGGAAUGCCAGAUGAUUCGUGUUUAAAUCGGUCCAUUACUAGAGCGAGCGAUGUUGUAUAGUAAAAUUAAAUUAUUUUCAAAAAAUAUAGUAUCUGGCUAUCCUACUCUAUCCUAAUAGUGAGGGCAGCUGAUGCACAUCGUGGGACUCUGGGUGAUGAGUAAUGCUUGUACUUCUAAGUAAGCUGUGAUAGAUUAGAUUUGAAUAACGUACUUUUAGAGCGAAUUUCAUUUCAUGUAGUGUUAAGUGAAGAGCGGGUCGCGUUCUGGGUGGGUUUCGUGGAAUUCGUGGGUGUUAAAAAUCAUGUAAAUACAUCAACGGUUUAUUUGAAUCAUUUUCAAAUUUUGAUGGUACUUUAGAGUAAACUAGUAGAGUAGAGCAUAAUGCAUUUCAUAUGUUCAAAAAUGAAGUUAAAUGUGGCGAGGAAAUUGUUACUUGUUGUAAUUAUUGCGAGGUUGAUGUACAUUGGUAUAUCGUAUAAGCAUACAUCAUGCGUCCACGAUCGUAGGUAAAUAACACUAACUAUCCCUGGUGACUUUAUAUGUGGUAUAUGUUUAUAUAUCAUUUUAUUUUCUAUUUUGUAUACAUUGAUCAGAUGAGUCUAGCAGUGAUAUGCCAAAUACUACAAAACCAGCAAUGAUUAAUAAUUAUUAUUGUAUAACUUUUCUUAAUAUAUACAAAUAUUGUUGACAAUUUUCUAAAUAUUAUAAA